GAUGGUCUAAUGGUCUGAUGCAUUUGAAAAGAAGACAAAAUGGUGGUUUUGUUGGGACUUGUUAGAGUCCUUGCAAAAUGCCCACUAGGCAACAAAAAAGAGUGUUGUUUUGUUUUGUUAGGGCAUGGUUGGACUCAUCUUAUGUUUUAGCAUAAUACCAAGUUUUUUGGCCAGCUCUUAUUCUCCAUCCACUUCACAUAAUGACAAAAAGAACUCAAAACUUGGAAUUACACACACAGAGAUAGACAGUUGUAGUAUUUUCCAUCUGAGAGGGAGAGGGAGAGAGAAACUAGGGUUAAAACUGUAAUCCAAGAAAUUCCAUAUUCUUCUGAUCACUCCAAGGGACAACAAACACAAAUGACGACAAAAACAACCUCUUGUAUUGUCGCCAACGCAGCCAUGGAAAAAGUCCUUCAACAUAACGCCUUUAUCUCCAAAUUUCACUGCUCACUUCUGCAACAACAAAACCCUAACCCUCCCACACUGAACAACAAGCUUUUCUUAACCCACUUUUCAUGGACUAGGAGAACUAGGAACUCCAACCGAGAUUUUGAAUUUCUUCAGGGGUUUUGUUGGGUUCUUGGUGAAUUUUAAUACCCACUUGUCAAUUUGAAUUCACUCUUGUCUUUUAACAACUUUCUCUGGAAUGGCUCAAGAAGAUGGAGCGUCAUCUGUAACUUCACCACCAGUUCAGUUUUUUCCCUGGAUGUCACUUUCCCCAGGAUACGGAUCACCAUACCCAUGGCUGAGGGAAUUGAAAUCUGAAGAGAGAGGUUUAUACCUAAUCCAUCUUCUUCAUGCUUGUGCUAGCCAUGUAGCUGCUGGUAGCGUCGAAAAUGCAAAUAUUUGCCUUGAGCAUAUCUCUCACCUAGCCUCUGCUGACGGUGAUACCAUGCAGCGCAUCGCUGCUUACUUCACUGAGGCACUCGCUGAUAGGAUUCUUAAAAAAGGUUGGCCUUGUUUGCAUAGAGCCCUCACUUUCACAAAAAAAUAUUUGGUGUCUGAGGAAAUUCUUGUUCAAAGAUUAUUCUUUGAGCUCUUCCCCUUUUUAAAGCUUGCGUAUGUGAUCACGAAUCAGGCCAUUGUAGAAGCAAUGGAAGGAGAAAAGAUGGUACAUAUUAUUGAUCUUAAUUCAUUUGAGCCUGCACAAUGGAUAAAUCUGCUGCAAACAUUAAGUGCACGGCCAGAAGGUCCACCCCAUUUGAGAAUUACUGGUAUUCAUGAACAGAAAGAAGUUUUAGAGCAAAUGGCUCUUCGCUUGACGGAAGAAGCUGAAAAGUUGGAUAUACCGUUUCAGUUCAAUCCUAUCAUGAGCAAACUAGAGGAUCUAGACAUUGAAAGUUUGCGUGUUAAGACAGGAGAAGCUCUUGCUGUUAGUUCUGUACUCCAGCUACAUUCCCUCUUGGCAGCCGAUGAUGAACUCCUUAAACAAAAAUCGCCAGCAACAAAGAAUUCAAAACCUAACCACUUUCACAUACCUUUGCAGAUAGGCAAAAACCAGCGCACAUUAGGUGAAUGGCUGGAGAAAGAUUUGGUCCAUGUUUAUACUGCAAGUCCUGAUUCAGCAUUGUCCCCAUUAUCUCUAGCUCCUUCACCAAAGAUGGGUAGCUUCCUAAAUGCACUUUGGGGUCUUUCACCAAAAUUGAUGGUAAUCACCGAGCAGGAAUCAAAUCAUAAUGGUUUUACUCUAAUGGAGAGGGUCACAGAAGCAUUGAACUUUUAUGCUGCACUUUUUGAUUGCUUGGAAUCUACUGUAUCAAGACCAUCAAUAGAGCGACAAAAAGUAGAGAAGAUGCUAUUAGGGGAGGAAAUUAAGAACAUCAUUGCUUGUGAGGGCAUUGAAAGAAAAGAAAGGCAUGAGAAGCUGGAGAAAUGGAUUCUAAGGCUUGAAUUGGCUGGGUUUGGGAGAGUUCCUUUGAGCUACCAUGGUAUGUUGCAGGCAAGCAGGUUGCUGCAAAGCUAUGGGUAUGAUGGAUACAAGAUCAAAGAAGAGAAUGGAUGUUCGGUUAUUUGCUGGCAGGAUAGACCCCUUUUCUCAGUAUCUGCGUGGAGAUUUAGGAGUGCAGAGGUCGGUGGUGGUGUGAGGGGUCAAGAUGCAGCCAUUAUUGCAUAUAUGGCCAAGGUCCCAAUUCUGUCUCAGCAUGCUUGCUUCCUGCACAAUCAACGCUUAGCAGCCUUUCUUCUGCAAUGCCGUAAAAGCUUUCUCUGCUUUUCCAAAGUUGAACUGUUCUUUCUAUUAUACUAUAGUGAAUGAUUUCUACCAAAUGCAAGAUUUUAUUUAUUUUUUAAUUAGCUUUUACAAAAUUAAGAAAAAAAAAGAAAAAAGAAAAAUACAAAUAAUACUAGGAGAUCAAGAACAAUUAACUUAAAACAGAUUAGGAUAUUGAAAAACUAGAAC